UGGGCUGGACUGGGCUGGACUGGGACAUUCGGGGGUGUACUGGGCUAUACUGGGCUAUACUGGGCUGGACUGGGACAUUCGGGGGUGAUACUGGGCUGGACUGGGCUGGACUGGGACAUUCCGGAGUGAUACUGGGCUGGACUGGUCCAUACUGGGAUAUUCUGCGCUGAUACUGGACUGUACUGGGAUAUUCCGGAGUGAUACUGGGCUGGACUGGGACGUUCGGGGGUGAUACUGGGGUUAUUCUGGGCUGUACUGGAGUUAUUCUGGGGUGAUACUGGGGUUAUUCUAGGGCGAUACUGGGCUGUACUGGGUUAUUCUAGGGCGAUACUGGUCUGUACUGGGGUGAUUCUAGGGCCAUACUGGUCUGUACUGGGGUUAUUCUAGGGCCAUACUGGGGCGCGAUGGGUUGCACUGGGGUGUGCUGAGCCCUGCCCGGCCGCACUGGGGGGCACUGGGCCGUACUGGGCCGUACUGGGCCGUACUGGGCCGUACUGGGGUGGUUCCGGCGGCUCGCGGCGUGCAGCGGCGCCGGGAUGGAGCGGUUCGUGUCGGGGAGCCGGGCGGCCCUGCAGGAUCACAUCCGGCAGCACCGCGAGAUCCACGUGGUGAUGGGCAACGAGGCCUGUGACCUGGACUCCACCGUCUCGGCGCUGGCCCUGGCCUAUUUCCUGGCCCAGAGCUCGCCGGCUCCCGGCGCCGCCGUGGUGCCGGUGCUGAACAUCCCCCGCGCCGACUUCGCGCUGCGCUCCGAGACCACGUUCCUGCUGCGGGACCGGGGCAUCGCCGCCGCCGCGCUCGUCUUCCGCGACGAGAUCGACCUGGCGGGGCUGCACCGCGCCGGGCUGCUCUCGCUGACGCUGGUGGAUCACCACGUGCUGCCCGGUGCUGAUGCUGCCCUGGAAGAGGCCGUGGUGGAGGUCCUGGAUCACCGUCCGCUGGAGCGGCACCGCGGUCCCCCGUGCCAGGUGACCGUGGAGCCGGUGGGCUCCUGCGCCACGCUGGUGACCGAGCGGAUCCUGCAGGGCCCGCCGGGCGUGCUGGACAGGACCACGGCGGCGCUGCUGCACGGCACCAUCCUGCUGGACUGCAUCAACCUGAGCCCGGCCGCGGGCAAGGUGACCCCCAGGGACGUGGCCUGCGUGGCGCUGCUCGAGGAGAGGUUCCCGGAGCUGCCAGCCCGUGAUGCCGUGUUCGGAGCCCUGCAGGCGGCCAAGUUUGAUGUCACAGGGCUGACGACAGAGCAGAUGCUGAGGAAGGACCUCAAAGUCAUCUCCAACGACGAGGUGGUCGUGGCCAUCAGUGGCAUCUUCGAGGACCUGGAAACGUUCCUGCUCCGGCCCGGCCUGCUGCAGGACCUGGAGGCUUUCUGCCAGCGCCGUGGCUACGCAGGGCUGGUGGCCAUGACCGUGUCCUUUAACGAGCGCCACGAGCCCACGCGGAAACUCGCGGUGUACAGCGCGCAGGAGCCCCUCCGCAGCGCGCUCUGCCGGGCGCUGGAGGAGGCGACGACGCCGUCGCUGCUGCUGCAGCCGCUGCCCAGCCCGUGGGUCAGCGUGGUCCCCUACGCCCAGGGCAACGCCGUGGCCGCUCGAAAGAAGGUGCUGCCCAUCCUGCGGGCAGCGCUGGGCGGGCUGGGGGCUGCGGGGGGCCCCGAGGAGGAGGUGGUGCCCCCGCCCACCCCCAUGAACAGCCUGGUGGAGGAGUGUCCCCUGGCACAGCCCGUGCCCCCGCUGUGUCCCCAGGAUGUCCUGGAGCGCGUCAGCCGCAUCGCCGGGGGGCAGCCCCCUGGCUCCCCCAAAUAACAGCCCCGUGGCUCUCUGAGGUCGGGAUGAGAAGCUGGGGUCCCUGAGCAGGCCCUGCUGGGGUCUGUGGGUGUGGGGGCAUUGCAGCCACCUGUGUUGGAGCUCAGCUCCAGGUUCUCAUUGUGGUUUGUCCCCCCUCUGGCCCAGGUGGGUUUUUGGGGAUGCCACGGGCAGUAGUUGCACCCCCUUAAUGAAGGCGUUGGGGUGGGGGAUUUAACGAGUUGUUGAUGAUCUUCCUUCCCUGGGGGGCAGUGGGGGGCCCCAGGGGGUGGGUCUGGACACGCAGCUGUCCACGAUUGUCGCCGUUUUGCAAGGAUUAAAUUUCCCUUUUCUUCCA